GCAAAAGGCUAUGGUCGCUUGUUUGGAAGCAGGUGGUCCUGGUCGACAAGAAACGAAGGUGGUUGGAGUCGAUGACUCCCAAAUCGGAUGGCUGCAACAUACGACUGAAGCGACCAAAGUUCUUGGCUGAUGCGUAGUUUAUCACACUGCCAUGCUGGUCGUGGCAAUCUAAAUGGAAAUUCUAUUUGCUGCCGCUAUGGUUUAGGGAAAGUGAUUCAUCUCUACAAUCUUUUAUGUUCGAUGCUUAAACGUAUGUUGCAUAUAAUGUCGUUUCCGUCUCCGGGUGGUUUAGCUUUCUCCCUGCUUAAUAUAUUUACAUGUAUGCUGUCCUGCAUGUUAUUGAAAAAUACUCCCUCGGUCCCAUAAUCAUAUUGGUUGUAAUAAGAUCUUGGAUUUUUUCUAUAUUGGUUGUAAUAACGUCUUAGAUUAUGGGGCGGAGGGAGUAAUAACCAAUGUCGGUUUUCAGAUGAUAUAGACCCUAGUCUUUUGAAAGAAAAAAAAAAUCCCCAGAUGGCAAGAUGCCUGCAUUUCUUUGGCCAACAGUUGCAACCGGUUGUAUGUAGUAACAAGAAAGUCUAAUUGCUAGCCUUCUGUGGUUAUAUACAGGUUCUUGGCUGAAUCAGAUAUACGGAGUGACGAAGUAAGUUCUUGCUGUUGUAAGAAUAACUACAGGUGUCUUGCGAAAAAGUGACAGCCAAUGUUGCAAAAAGUUAUGGUCUGCAGCGCGGUGGCCACAACCAUCACUUGGUUCAGGAUGGUCUCAGGCUUCUUAACUUACCAAGAGGGGAAGAUGGCUCAUUGAGUCCAGAAAGUCUGAACAUUAUGCAUAGCACAAUCAAUAAGUUAAGCAAUGGAGCACUUCAAUCAGUGGCUAAAAUCAUCAGCCGCACCAACUGUAGUUUUAAUAAGACUAGACCACUGUUAAGAGAAAUUGUAACAUACCAUCUUCCGUGUUACUUAGCCAAGCUGGAUCAUGAAGAUGUCAUCAUGUUUGAGUUGUCUGAAAUUUUGAGAAAUCCUGGCAGCUACCAAUCUGAUUCGUUGAGCCUUGUCACACCUGUGUCACCACUGCUUCUGUCAUCUAUCAACCAAGCUUUGGAUAGACUUGAUGGGAUUCCUGACCAAGCUCUUGUUGCAGUGAACAGGAAGCUCAUAGGAAAAACAUGUAUGCCGAAAUUCUGGCAUGUGCCUCGGUCUUCCAGUAGAGGGCAUCUUAUUGAAAUAGUGAGGAAAAGAUGCAAAAUGAUUAUAGCGCGUAUUGAGGAAGGUUACAUGCCAAAGAGAUUAGCAAAGGCCAUGUCAGUGGUGAACCUAUACUGGAAGCAGAAGUUGAGAUCCAUGGAUAUUUCUCAGUUAGAGUACUUCCCCUUUUCAAAAGAAACAGUGUCUUUGCAAAAUGAUAUCCUGAAUGCUCUUUGGUUGCUUCCAAAACUCCAGCAUGAUGACCUAAAAUUGCUGCGUCCCAUAUUGGACCCAGAUCCUAAAUUUCGAAAGAUGCAAUUUAGAGUAUCUUUGAGGAAGUACUUGUUAGAAUGCUUGUUUGAAUCUGAUGAAGGUGAUUUGCCAGAUGAGGCCCAUCAAGCCAUAGCCUUUAUAAAUCGGAUUUCUCAAUGUGAAAGUGCCUGUCUGACAGAACGAAGGAAGAAUGCUGAAGUAGAUUCUGUAUUGAAUGUAAGCAGUCAACUCAGAGCUUUGGCAUAUUAUGAUACCGAUGACUGUUCAGACGCGGACAAGUUGAUGAGCUUAGGGAGUGUCAACUGCACUGGGGAUAAUGAUUUCGUACUCCCUGAGACCAACUAUUUCCACUAUAAAUUUGAGCAGCAUAUGGAUGAGCCUUGUUCUUCGAAUAGUACACCCAAAGUUGUUGAUAUGGACGAGUGUUGUUCGGCUGAAUCUACCAGAGCUGCACAUCAUGUUCAAGAAGCUGAACAUCUAGGUUCCAAAUUAGAGGAGGUUUUCAGGAAACCAUGUGAAGGAACUGAAAACUCUGGAGCCACUCCACAUUACAGAGACAACCUUGCUUUGGAGGAGGCUGUUGAUACCAAUCAUUUGAAGACGCCAGUGCACUCUAAGGAUCUCUCCGAGAUCUGUGAUGAAACUUCAACAGCAGCCUACAUGCUCAUUGGACAAAUUUUGGAUAAAUGGCUACUUGUAGAGAACGGCGAAGUGGAAGAGCUCACCAGACAUUAUCUUGGAGGGGGCUUGGUUUCUGAAGGUCCACAAGACACUAGAGAAUUGCUGAAUGUAACAGAUAAUAAGAACCUGAAGGGUGACAUUCUAGUGCAUGCCGUGGAACGCAUCUUGCCCAAUUUGCCGAGAAGGAACAAGAUUGACAGCGGCCUCUUGGAUUGCACUCUUAAUAAAGCUUCAAACUCAAGGCCUUCGAUAUUUGUAAAGUUUUCCAGGAAGAAGAUUGCCUGUAGCAUCUUGGAGUGCACUAAUAUUAAUAAAUAAACCCUUCAAUAUUUGUGUCGCCCAAAGGCUACAAAUUCUGUAAUUUACACAAAUACUUAGUAUUUUCUCUACCUAAAUAUGAGUGUGAUGUUUCAGAUCAUAUAUAUUCCCAGUAUUAUUAAGACAUCAUGUAUGUGAAGUUAUUUGUGCCGUUCCAAUACUACUUUUUGUGAAUCUUUGAAUCUGCC